AUGAAGACGCCGUCAAUUGAAACCCCUACAAACUCGGACUCUAUAACUGAGAUCCGGAUCGGUGAAGGAGGAGGUGGUUACUCCAGUGGGGAGAUGAGGAUUACCGGGCCGAGGGAAUCGACCUGCAAGGGUACCCUGGUCGUCGAGUCGGCCCACGGUCACACACUCGGUCAUGGUAUCAAUCAGGACGUUACGGACGCUAGGAUCAUGGUCCUGGGAGCAGAGAGCGUUGGCAAAUCCGCUGUGACAGUCCGGUUUCUGACGAAAAGAUACAUCGGAGAAUACGAAUCUAACAUAGAUCUUCUCUAUCGACAGACCGUGGUGCACAACGAAGUGCCAGUUUAUAUGGAGGUUCUUGACACAUGUCCCAAGGGAGAGCAACUGACAGAGAGGGACUCGCAUUUACGUUGGGCAAAUGCUUUUGUGAUCGUAUACAGCGUGUGUAACCGAACUACCUUCAGAGAAGUGGAAACACAAAUCAAGCACAUACAACUUGCAAAGUCUCCGUGUUCUGUACCCAUUGCCAUCAUAGGAAACAAAGCCGACUUAGAGCAUCGGCGGGAGAUCAUGGUCGAUGAGGGUCGAGACCUGGCGGAGGAAUACGGGUGCUUCUUUUUUGAGGUGUCGGCAGCGGACGGGUACACGGAAGUGCGUGAGGCGUUCCUGGUUUUGCUGAAGGAAGUUUACGAAGCUACGAAGAACAAAUUGCAGGUUAAACGACGGAGGAGCAGCGUAACCCGCAAUGUGGCUAACAAGGUCAUGCAAGCCAUGUUUGGCUCACCGAGAAGAUCUCGUAAAAUCUCGCUCCCAUGACGAUUAUUGACGAUAACCAAAUUGUACUUGCCAGUGACGUUUACACAUGACACAUGAAAUGCGUCAAAUCGGUGUAUCACAGUUAUAUAUUGUACAUUAAUUAUAUCUAUUAUACAAAUUGUAAGAUUUUGUUCAAAACAAAAUAAUUUUCCAGAAUGUGACCAGUCAAAAUGUCCUGCCAAUCCAGCAAUCUGUAAUCAACGAAGAAUGAAGCCCGUGGCCCGAGUGUAGAUAUGCUAAAUCACGGCCCGGCUUCCCGGCUUUUCCCGGCUUCUAGCAGUAGAUAUUUUAUGUAACUACAGUAGUAUGUUUUGGAUAUCAAGAUAUCAGAAUCACAUCGUAGAGACAUCUUAUUCAAACUUGUGUUACUUGUUUAAGAACAACUGCCUUUUUAAUAAUAAUGGACAAUAUUGCUGUCGGGCUGCCAGACCAGUAGUAAAGUUAUUCUCAAGUUUCUACCAUUUCAUCUUUGUGAAUAUGCAAAGCUGAUAACGCAUACGUACGCCAUACCCUUUUGUUAAUGCUGUACCUUUUUGUAACAUUUGUGGAGAUCAUGUUCACAAAAAUUGUAACCACGUCGAAGUAUGCCUAUAGAUAGAUAGCUCCCACUUGACGCCAUAGUGUAAAGUCGGUCAUCUUGGCGGGAAAAUCAAUCUCUCUUUUUGAACGCACAACAUAAUAUGCCUUAUCAAAGUUUGGUCAAGUUCCGUGUGUGACUGGUCAUGAUCACUUUGCUAUGAGUAGAGUUAGUUAGAAUGCUCGACCAGCAGCUGAAAGCCAGAACUCAUGUUGCCGUAAAGGGCAAAACUAUGGCUCUUUUCGAAACCCCGACUUGAGCUUGGGCUUGGGCACCAUCAGUUAUUCAGAAAACGUGCGCUAUCCUUACGGGGCUUUAAUCAGGCGGAGGAGCCUGCAAACAAACCGUGGUUUCGAAAAGAGCCUAUGUUAUUACGCUAUGUCCGAUUUGGUGGCUACGGCUACAAAUUGAUCGUUGCGUCAUCAAUCAUUGAAGUACAGGAUGUCCUUAGCAACACCCUUAGCCACAGUCGUAGCUGUAGCCGUAGCCUCCAAACAUAAUACACCGAGAGUAUCACAUCACCGAGCCAAAUUUUAACAGUACGUGCAAUAUUCUGUAAAUCAAUAUCCAAUGUCAAUGGGAGACUUUGGAACGCUAGGUGGCAGCAGACUUACCAGGUAAAUUUCCAUUGUUUACGUAGUUCUGAG